CAUAAAGAAAUAAACCUUCAAAGUUUCUGUCUCAAAGUUCCAUUUUUUCCUCUGUCCUAAGAUGCAAAUUUUUAGGUAAGAGAAUCAUAUUUAAUUCAUGAAUAUGGGCCUGUCAGUAACCUUGAUUUCCAUUGUCUCUCCUCUCAUUUAUCAUCUUCUUUAAAAUACUUCCAGGCUCCAGUUCUAUCUCUCCUUUCUUCUGCAGAUAGCCACAACUAACAGUAUGAGAGAUUUUGCAUCUUGUUUUAGUGAAUAUGCAGUGCAGGUUUCUGAUACAUCAUGUUCAAGUUAUUCAAAUAAUUCUUGUAUUUCUCCUAAUCUGAUCCCUUCAGUUCAAAAUGCUGUCAAAUGUUUAUAUAGAAUCACACUCUCCACUCAGAAGCAGAUUUUGAUCACAAUCACAUGGUGCAAGAGCAGUUUGACUCAAGGUCUUAAUAUAACCUUUGGUGACGAUCAAUCAAGCGCCUUCAAACUUAAUACGAAUUCACGUUUAUUCAGAAAGUUGAAAGGCAGCAAAUCAAUUGAAUUCCAGAAUAAUGAAAUUGAGGUUUUCUGGGAUCUUUCUGCAGCCAGGUACUCUACAGGCCCUGAACCUGUUGAUGGAUAUUACGUCUUUAUCACAGUCGAUUCAGAGCUAGGCCUAAUUUUUGGAGAUAUGGCUCAAGAAGCUUGGACGAAAAAGCUCAAAAAUGGCACUCCAAUGGCGAAAUCCUCAUUAAUUUCACGCCAAGAACAUUUCUCUGGAAAUACCCUUUACUCAACUAAGGCUCAAUUCUGCAAUACUGGUGCUGUUCACGACAUUUUGAUACGUUGUAGUGGAGAAAACGAAGGCCUAAAGUAUCCGGUCUUAUCAGUUUGUAUCGAUAAGAAGAUUGUAAUUCGCAUAAAGCGCUUGCAAUGGAACUUCAGAGGAAAUCAGACAAUUUUCUUGGAUGGUCUGCUCAUUGAUCUCAUGUGGGAUGUUCAUGAUUGGUUCUACAAUCCAGCCUCAGGAUAUGCUGUGUUCAUGUUCAGGACCAGAAGUGGUAUGGAUAGCAGGUUGUGGUUAGAAGAGAAGCAGUUGCGGAAAGAUCAAGAUCAAGUUGAAUUCUCACUAUUGAUCUGCGCCUGCAAAAACUUAUAGAAGACAAAUUUUAUGGUUUUUUUUACUUCUCUUGUUUCUUUUACAAUAUUCUCGAUAUAUUUUUUAUAUUAAUAGUUUGAUCUUGACAAACUGACAAUAACUUGAACAAUGUAAACUCUUAUUCCUUCUUUUUCUGUUUUUGAGGUUUGAAACUGCAAGUGCUAGAUUGAUAUCAUGUAUUUUAUAUGUCCCAUUAAUUCUUUUU